CUGCAAGGUGUAUAUGUGAACUUUUGACUUCAACUGUAUUUAUAAUCACAUACAUGGAUACCAUUUGUAUCCCAGUGUAAUUUGUAAAAAGCAUAGAUUUCUGAUAUCAGCAUAUUGAUCUGUGAAAUAAAUUGUGGUGCAGCUGCAGUUCAGUCUGAUCAAUAGAAAAUGAUUGUGCGCUAAUGAACUGCAUUGAAAUCUUUUCAUUUACAAGUAAAAUACGGCGGUAUUAUGAUGUAAAAAAUGAACAUGUCCUGCUGUGCAUACCCUGAUGCAUUUCCAAAGAAGGAGUGUAACCACAGCAAGCUGAUGAAUGAAUGAAUGAAUAGGGUAGAUUUGUAUAGGCGAGCAUUGCAGCGUUAGAAAUGCAUGGAAUCACCCUGGAGGCGUUACCAGGGAGAUCCUGAUGAUGCCAGUAGGUUUUAAAAAAGCAGAGGGCAGAAAAAAACAGUCAGCAGAAUUUCCUCAUUGCUGGAUGAGUAAGAGAUCACUCCAUGAGAUGGCUGCAUUAUAUACUCUCAUUGGUUGCCUGUGCAUUGUCAGACAGGGGCAGCCAGUGUGGAGAGCUCUGAUUGGCUGAGGCACAGCUGCAGUGAGGUUGCAGCUUUUUUCACUGCAUCACUUUUUGCCGGCUGUAUGAUGCAGGCAACCUGCAGCAGCUUGUAGGUGCCAAGAAAUACUAGCGCUUAAAACAUGGAAUCGCUUUUAAAGUUAGAUUCUUUGUGAGAAUUUGAGCUUCUUUCAGUUAAGUUGGGGUUUUUUUUCAUGUUUUUAGCUACUGUGCAGUGUGUCAUAGUUGUGGAGUGAUGUCACUUAAAGAUUGAAUUGUGAGUGCUUUUUCUUCGUCUUUUUCUGCGUUUUUUCGCUCAGCAAAGAACAUAUUUGAGGAAAAUGUCCUGGACAAUUUGUUUUGGAAAGAUACUGUAAGUUUGCAAAGCUUUUGAGUCGGCGGGUUAAUUGGGACUGGUCAUUCACUGCAUUUUAAAGUUUUGACUUGAUCACCGGGUUACUGUGGAAACGCUGUUGGAUAUGCCAGUAAGCUUUGGAAAUUGUGUGGCAGUGUCCUCAUCUGCCCUCAUCCUCCUGGCAUCACAUAUGACUGCCUGAGCACUUUCUCUCUAUAUUCGCAUAAAACAUCUUAAAUCCAAAGCUCUUGAAGACCAAGACAAAAACUCAUACACCACAGGUGCAUGUUGUGAUUGACUAAGUUCACAAACUUGGAGUCAAGUACACAAACAGGCUUGGAGCAUCUUCAUGAAGAUGCUCAAGGAACUUUGGUCAUCCCUGUCCCAGUGGUUUCUGGGAGCAACAGCGUGCAAACAUGAUACCGCGGGACCACCGGAUGGACUUGAGGAACGAAACUUAGAAAAUGCUGCAAAACAAGAAGGUCGAAGGGAAGCAGGUACACAAGCAGAUUCAGUUGGACAAGAAAAGAGCACAGUAUCACCAAAGAAAACUACAGUGCUGAUUAUGGUGGCGCCUCCUAAGGAUCUUCAGCAGAAAAUCGUCAAGGCUGGAGACAAAGACUUGGAUGGUCAGUUGGACUUUGAGGAGUUUGUGCACUACCUGAGGGACCAUGAGAAGAAACUGAGGCUGGUCUUCAAGAGCCUUGACAAAAAGAAUGAUGGCCGCAUAGAUUCACAGGAGAUCAUGCAGUCACUAAGAGACCUCGGGGUUCAUAUAUCUGAGGAACAGGCUGAAAAGAUCCUCAAGAGAAUAAGGAGGGGUCAUAUAUGUGCCCCUAUAAUGUAUAUGGAUAAAAACGGUACGAUGACGAUUGACUGGAAUGAAUGGAGAGAUUAUCAUCUGCUUCAUCCUGCUGACAACAUUCCUGAAAUCAUCCUCUACUGGAAACACUCUACGAUAUUUGAUGUAGGGGAAAGCAUGAUUGUCCCUGAUGAGUUUACGGCAGAGGAGAAGAAAACAGGGAUGUGGUGGCGACACCUGGUAGCAGGAGGUGGAGCAGGUGCAGUGUCCCGAACCUGUACCGCACCACUGGAUCGCCUUAAGGUUCUAAUGCAGGUUCAUGCGUCACGCAGCAACACCAUGGGCAUCGCCGGAGGAUUCGCCCAAAUGAUCCGUGAGGGAGGACUUCGGUCGCUGUGGCGAGGAAACGGCAUGAACGUUUUGAAGAUUGCACCUGAGUCCGCUAUCAAGUUCAUGGCGUAUGAGCAGAUUAAGCGACUGAUUGGCAGUAAUCAGGAGACGUUGGGGAUCCUGGAGAGGCUGGUGGCUGGGUCUCUAGCAGGAGCUAUUGCUCAGAGCAGCAUCUACCCCAUGGAGGUUUUAAAAACUCGUCUUGCCCUGGGAAGGACGGGUCAGUACUCUGGUAUCGUGGACUGUGCUAAACAUAUAUUUAAGAAGGAGGGACUGACAGCCUUCUAUAAAGGUUAUAUUCCCAAUAUGCUGGGAAUCAUCCCUUACGCAGGAAUAGACCUGGCUGUUUAUGAGACAUUAAAAAACUCAUGGCUGCAGAGGUUUGCUACGGACAGUGCUGAUCCGGGUGUGUUUGUGCUGCUAGCUUGCGGUACAAUGUCUAGUACUUGUGGACAGCUAGCAAGCUACCCGUUAGCCUUAGUGAGGACACGAAUGCAGGCUCAAGCAGCAGCUCAGGAAGGCAGUCCUCAGAUGACCAUGACAGGUCUCUUCAGACACAUUGUACGGACAGAGGGCGCUAUUGGACUCUAUAGAGGCUUGGCACCCAACUUCAUGAAAGUCAUUCCUGCUGUUAGCAUCAGCUACGUGGUGUAUGAAAACCUAAAGAUCACCCUUGGCGUCCAGUCCCGGUGAGGGGAACCAGAAGACUGUUCAAAUCCCUAAUGGCUUUUGUUUUUCCUCUCAACUUUUCUUUUGGAUUACUGAAAGCGUUCGUCCAAGAUGGCAAGUUUGCACUCGAGGAGCAGCGUAGCAGCAGUCGGCCAAGAAAGAGCUUGCAUGAGGGGGAAGACAAAAUCUUUGCGUCAGAGAGGUUUGACUUUAUUCAGAAGAAUAACUGGAUUAUAUGAGACCAGGGACACGUAUAAAAAAACUUUAAAGAUCAAUACCUCUGCAUAAAAUACAAUCCUUAGCUGUAAGUAAAAUGUGAGCAUCUCAAAAUUGGAUCCAAACACUCCAUUAUUCCACCCCUGAGGUUAUGGGGUUGCGUUUGCUAUAUUUUAGUGGGGACCAAGAAUAUGCAAGACGUUUUGAUAAACUACUUUAUGGAAAAGAAAGGCCAAACACCUGAUGGAUUCAAAGAGCCAGAUUUACUAUAUAAAUCUGCAUUUAAGUAUAUGCACAUUUCCUCAAUAACACAGCAUCCAUUAUUAUUCAUUUAAACUGCACAACUGGAAUUUAACCCGCUAAAGGCUUUGGUAGAUACCAUGCUAAUAAUCCUGGUGUAGUCCCUUCAGAUCAUUGAAUCAUCAUUUCCACUGGAUGGCGUUGUUCAGUAAUAGAGCUGACAGGGCCAGUUUGUUGUGAGAUUACCCACAUCUGUGCAUUUCACUCACAUAAUUUAUUGCUUAACUAAUAUUAUACAGUUUAUUCCCUUGUAUUAUUAUAUUAAUUGACAUGCCAGUUUUCACAUCUUAAAAGGGAUAGAGUGUAACAAGGGAGUUAUUUGAAAUAUGUCUUAUUCUUCGAAUGGUCCCAAUUUUGUUGUCUGAGGACUUUGCAUUGUUAAUUUAUUAUUUUUUUUUAAUGUUGUAUAUUUAUUUAAUUUUGAUUGAAGGUUUCCAUAAAAACAAGACUCUAAAAAUUGAAACACUAUAUAUGUGCACACACUCCCCAUGGUGACUGGCAGCUAAUCAAGCGUUAUGUAAAAAGUGUUUUAACACUUCGGGUCACUUUGUGAAUAAAUCCACAUGUGGAUCAAAUCUAAAAUGACCUGGGUUUGUGGUAGCACCAGUUUAAAUAUAGUGGGUUGAGUUCUGUGUGUCGAUAGACACUGUCUGGUCUUAAAGGGAUAGCUCACCCAAAAAUGAAAGUUUUCAUUUAUUACUGACCCUCAUGUUGUUUCAAACCUGUAAGACCUUCGUUCAUCUUCAGAACACAAAUUAGAAAUUUUUGAUGAAACCUGAACCUGCAUAGACACCAAUGCAACUACGACAUUCAAGGCCCAGAAAGGUAGUAAGGACAUGGAUAAAAUAGUCCGUUCAGCCGUAAUUUUAUAAAGCUACAAAAAUACUGUUUGUGCACAAAGAAAGUCAUUAUUUUAGUUUUCUUUGCACACAAAAAGUAUUCUUGUAGCUUCAUAACAUUAUGGUUGAACCAGUGUCUGUGGAGGAUCAAAAAGCUCUCUGAUUUCAUCAGAAAUGUCUUAAUUUGUGUUUUCAAGAUGAACGGUCUUACAGGUUUGGAACAAAGUGAGAGUGAGUAAUUAAUGACAGAAUUUUCAUUUUUAAGUGAACUGUCUCUGUAAGUUGAAGAAAGCAAUGCUACAAAUUGAUUUGUUUUGACAUUCAAACAAAUCCUGUUCACUCAAUGAUACAUUUUCUGCAUGACUGCAGUGUAAAUACAGUUACCAGUAUUAUUUUGCAAGGAUUUCAAACAUAUAACACUCUGAUUUAAACUCACUCUAGUCGAGGAUCAUAUUUAAGCACUUUAUUUUAAUAAAAAUAAACCAGACUUGAAUUUUUAGGAGUAUUUACAAUGGAAUGAUAGUAUUCCGUAAUUGUAGUGGUUGCGAUUUAUGUAAAUAUUUUUUUUCAGCAUUUAUGUUUUGUGUUUGCAUCAGGUUGAGGGGCAAAAAGGAAACACUAAAAAGGCACAGUAUAGGUUAGGAACUCUUACAAAAAAAAAUCUAGUUGCUCUACUCUGCAGCAGUAGCCAAGUAUCUUCUAUAUUGCAUAUGACAUAUUUCAGGAUCGGCACCCUGAUGUUCAUUUUGACUGACACGGAAAAAGAAGUUGCCCUUACAACUAUUGCAUGUGAAGUUCUAAAACCCACCAGUUCAAUGGGUUGUUGCCCUUUGUAAUUCCACAAGACCAUAGUGUUAAUAUAGUUGCCUUAUUUAUAAAUAAAAUAAAGCUGCUUUUAGACUAUUUGGGGGAAAUGUAGGGAGAUGGCGUUAAUGUCAGACUGAAAUAUUUUUCUAAUGAUUCGAUUCUCAGGGGAAUUCUUGUGCAGAUGAGACUCCUGAGACUCUUCUCCAUUAGGAUCUGGAACAGAUAUCUGCAUGUUUGUGAGUUUGUGCAAGCCUAGGAUCAGUUUGCCUUUCUCAAGCCUCAUUAUUAAAAAGAAAAAUGACAGCAAAUACCCUUCUGUGUCCCAAUGGUGGUUGAACUGAACUCAGUUGUGGCCCGAAUCCCUUUGGAUCAAUUCAGUCUUUGUAAUGCAUGUAUGUGUGUCUUGUCUGAAUAUGCACAAAUUGCACUGUAGAGUCUUUACAGGGCUUUAAAAGCUGUAUUGCCUGCCUCAUAAUGGAUGCAGCUUGUGUUUUUUUGUUUGUUUUGCAUUUUGCACCUUUUUUUUUCACUGUUUCUCACAGGAGGAAUCUCUUUUGGACUCCUUUGGACUUGUGAGCUCAACCCAUUUGUGUGGUUGCCCUGAGACUAAAGGCUUUAGAUUUGUGUGUGUUUGUGGCGUUCAACACAAUCAAGGAAUGCCGCCCUUCAAGACUGCCUGUAAUCUAUUGCCUUACUGUUCAGCUGUUUGGUAGUGAGUGUAAAUGCACCACGUUCGCUACAUGUAUAUCAAUAUGUACUGUCGCUGGGGUCCCCCGAGUAUCAUAAACAUACACGCUAAUGAAAUAUCCAAAUAUUUGUACUGCAAAACAUAUCUAGAUGUGAUGACACAUCGGUGAAGGUUUAGUAGAUGGCGACAUGUGCAAAUCAAUGUUUACUGGACAAAAAAGGAAAUGCAAACUACGUCCUCUAGAAUGCAGAAAUUGAAUGUAGAGCAAAAAAAUAUUUAUGUUUGUAAAAUAACUGUUAAAUAAAGUUAUUCUUGAUUAUGUUCAUGGAA